UAUCCAAAGCGACUUCCAAGAGAGAGCUUUACAAAAGUGCAUAGGUCACUGAUCAUAACAACGAGCCCCAAAACAUUGCGGGUUGCCAAAACAUGAAGCAUACAUUGUGAAAAGCAAAUAAGUGCCAAUGUGAAGAACCAUAGGAGCAUGUAAUUAAAGAAGUUACAAUUAGUUUUGAUUUAUAACAAAGUAUUGUUUCUUAUUUCAUGUCAGUUCAUGAAAAUACUUUUCCAUAGCUAGUAUAGUCUCAGUUUCAGUUGUUAAUUAUAACCAUGCCUCUGUAUUUAUCACUGACCAUACUUCCUGUUUCUUCAACGCUUUCUUCUGAGGAAUACAACAGUUUUGCAUCCGCUUUACAGAAAUCGGUUUGAUUAGAGAAAAUACUCGAAGAUCUGUUCUAAAAUCAGAGAGCUGAUCAUGUUGGGAGAAGACUUCAUCAGGGGUCUCAGAUACAGAGAAGGGGACUUGAUGUCCCAGAACGUAAAGGUCAGGGGAAGUCCAGCAUGUCCAAUACCACCAAUCAAAGUAAUCCAUGAAAUAAUGACAGCAAACUCAGAAGUCUGUGUGCAGUCUGUUCCUGGAGUGACAACUCGAACCAUUGAGGCCCUCCCCAUCCCCAAAAGCCAGAAGCAGAAGAAUGAUCAGGAUCUAGAACUUUAUCGCUCUUGUUUUUGCACAUCCUUCUGCAAAGACUACCCGGAUGUGCAGCUCAGAGGAGACCAUGUAGGCGACUGGAGCUUACUCAGUCUCCCAAAACAGGGCAGUAUAUUUCAGGGACACCUGCGAGAGCCCCAGUACCUGGAUAAGACCCUGGGACCUGUGGAGCCGGGGCUAAGAGCUGAGUCUAUGCAGCCUCUGCAUGAUGAAGGUUACCUGGUCAUGGACGGUAGCAUAUCUUUGAAUAGGGAGCCUCUGUCUAACUCCAUGCUGAAUAGUUACCUGGAGAGUAAGCUUGUAGAGGUGUACAGGCAGCACAUGCAGGAUAGUCUGGCCCGAUGCAGCUCUUCUCUGAGCCUGACCCCUCCACAGGGCCUGGUACCUCCAGCAGCUCAGCACCUCAGCCAGUAUCUCUGCCAGGACUAUGGUCUGGACUCCAGCACAGCCUACAGCAUCGCGGUACACUAUCUCAGCACAUGUACAGUGACCAGCUCUCAUUUCAGCUCCCCAGACCUGCGUAUCUCCCAGCCUGAUCAGAAAAUCUGAUGAGGAGAUGCAUUCUGAAGACCUCUGCCCCUCCUUCACCGUGCUCCAUUCAUUUGAAUUUGUCUCAUGUCUAUUUGUGUAAUUGUGCUAUGAAAGAAAUGAAGGAUUUAGGAAUUCUAGUGUGUGAACUUAGUGCUGAGUUUCCAGAGAUAGUAUUUUGUACAGCGAGAGUCAUUAUAACCAAGUAGAAGUAAGAAGGUUUUUCUUUGACUUUGAUAUUUUGUCCAUGUGCUUCAGUAUGAGAGUCAACUGUUAGACACUGCUAUUGUCUCUGCUUCUUCUUCUGUUAUGAAAAAGAAAUCCACCAGGUGGCGAUGUAACUUUGUUUGGAUGCUGAGGAAGUGCAUCCGAAAGAAUUUCACACCAAAGAGAACAAACUGUUCUCAGUUGAAAGAGGUCUGUUGUUGAUGAUAAAAGGGAGAUUGGAAUAGCGUUUGUAAUAUAUUGAACAUGGUAAUAAAGAUAAACAUGUUGUUGUUCUGUUCUACUCCAAUUUAUUAAAGACCAGAAAAGCUGAUGUAGUAGAUUUUAAACUUCUAAACAGAACAGA